AGUCGCAAUUAGGGUUUUUCUUCUGGUGGUCACCCUGCGGGUGAUAAGGAGAAAUUGCUCCGUUUGUGCCAACGUUGGCCAAAGUACACUUAAAGGACUGCCUAGGCCUAAAGUAUUGGGUGGAGUUGCCCGAUUGCUCGAAAUAUGCAGCUUAAAUGCAAAAAUUUGAGUUACAAAAUCGCCCCCAGUGCGACCAACAGGGCUAAUUUAAUAUGUCACUUUUGAUGUCAAAACAAUCAGUUGUAACCUAAAAAUCGCAGUUUUUUAGCUGUUUAUUCAGUAACAGUGUUUUCUUUAAAUUCUAGUUUAAUAUUUCAUUGAUAAUUACCACAGUUCCAAGAUGCCCAAAGAGUGUAUUUUUUGCAAAAUCGUGGCGAAGACAGCCAAGGCGAGCCUUAAGUUUGAAAAUGAGGAGAUUAUGGUGUUUGAGGACAUCAAACCGGCCUCCACCCAUCAUUAUUUGGCAAUCCCCAAAGAGCACAUUGAGAAUGUACACAGUUUGCAAACAGCUCACUUAGGACUCCUGGAAAGACUAGUCGCCGAAGGUCGACAGGUCAUCGAAAAGGCAGGGGGAGAUUUGAAUGAUAUAAGGAUGGGCUUCCAUUUGCCCCCUUUUAACAGUGUGGGGCACGUUCACUUGCAUUUAAUUUGCCCAGCCAGCAACAUGUCUUUUAUUCAUCGCGCAAUGUUUAAACCGAACAGUUGGUGGUUUGUUGAAGUGAGUGAGAUUUUGGGAAAAUUGAGCAAGUUGGCCCAAGAAGAGAAGGCUGCAAGCUCUGCUCAUAUACAGUCUAAUCUGUAGGAGCAGUGGGAUAUUUCGUUUUUAUUACAUGUUCCCGUAAAUUGUUUAAUAUACUCAAGGGAAUUGCUAGGCUUAGUGGCUGUGAGGUUUAUAGAUAAAUGUUAUUUUGAUUGCUUCACGCAUCAGCCCCAGUGUUGUUUAGGAAAUGGAUCAAGUGAGGCAACAGUCACGUUAAGAAAUAUAUAUUUUUUAUGUUACAGCAAAA